AUGCCUUCAGUCUCUCUUUUAGAUUUGUUUUAUUACGCCAGCGCCGGUAUAUUUGUGGUUGGCCUUGGUUCGUGGUUAGUGAUCCUUGCUUCCCACCGUCUUAUCAAGCCAUGUAUAAUAUCACCAUUCACUUCCCAUGCCCGCUUGGCUUCAGCUAAUACUAUCAUUACUACUACUACUACUACUACUACUUCCAAGUCAAACCAUUUGCCAGACUCCGGACCAUUCAAGUUAAUCAUUCCUUUAAUUACAGUUCAAGGCAUCUGUUAUAUCAUAUCUCUAAUCCUUGCAGAAAAUUUUGCAGCUUCGUUAGCGUCAUUUUCAAACACCCCAUUAAAGUUCAACCUUGAUCUUGUCAAUUGCACCACAAUAUUAUUUAUUAUCCUUCCUUUCCAGUGUUUCGAUUUCUUCCCUAGUCUUAGAUUGAUAUUUUGGCUCUGUCUGUCGGUACAAAAUUCCUGGUUAUUGGUGCAUCAGCUAUUAUCGUCGUCGUCUCCAAUGUCCAUUAAUGUCCUUUUCCAGCCGGAAUUUUUCACGCAAAUCGCCAUCAAAUCCUUGUUGGCUUUCACCGCCAUUAUCUUAUUGAGUUUUUCGCUUCGGAACUAUUCCAGCGGUUUAUCCAACUUCAAAAAUUCCACUACUUCAUAUCUUUCCCAAUUGACUUUCUCGUGGCUUAAUCCUCUUUUACAUCAAGCAUCGGUCGCCAAAUACUUGUCCAAUCAAAACGUGAAAAGCUUGCCAUUUCAAAUUUCUAGUGACCAGUACCACCAAUCACUUUGUACUCGUUGGAAAAUAUCCCACAAAUUAUGUCGUAGCUUGGCUGCCACUUUUUGGAAACCCAUGCUUGGAGCGAUUUUUCUACAGGCCAUUGAAAGUUCGGUUGGCGCGGUCCAACCAAUCUUGUUGAAUAAAUUAAUCCAUUUUGUGAGAAUAUAUCCGACAAGUGAUAAUCACGCAUUCUCCUGUGGUUUCCGUAUCUCGUUGGCAAUGUUUUCCCUAUCCUUCGGCACCUCGUUUCUUUCGUCACAAUCUUCAAUUCUUCUUUAUCGAACCUCACUUCACAUUCUCGGAGCCUUGACCCAACUUAUCUACUCCAAAUCUCUAUGCCUAUCUCAUCAUGCUCAAAUAAACCAUUCAACCUCCCAGAUUUCCAACCUCAUCUCUAUUGACUCAUCGCGUUUACAAUCAUUAUCUCAACAAAUCCCCCAAAUCAUUUCUUUACCAUUGAAACUUUCCCUCGCCAUAUAUUCUCUUUAUUAUAUCCUUGGUAAUUCAGUUAUAUUUGCCCUUGCGAUUCUCGUGCUUCUUUUACCAUUAAACACCAUACUUCUUCGCCGUCUCAAAAACCUCAAACGCCAACAAAUGCAAUACCGUGAUUCUCGAACCCAAAAGGUUCAUGAAAUGGUGAGCUCCAUCCAGUGUGUGAAAUUGUACGGUUGGGAGCAAGCAUUAAUGGCAAAAGUUAAAGAAAUAAGAAUCGGGAAAGAAUUGGAUGGGAUGUGGUGGAUCGGGAUGUUGGGAGCGUUAGUGAAAGGGUUAUGGGGCAUUGGAAUGGUGGUGGUAAUUGGCGGAAGUUUUGCUAUUGUCAUGAUGCCAGAAUCAGCAGCCAAAGAUAACGUAUCCAAUAUCAUGCUCAGCAAGAUGCCGUUAACUUCUGAAACCAUUUUCCCUUGUCUUUCAUUAUUCAGCUAUCUUCAAAAAACCGUGGUUUCAAUGCCGUCAUUUAUCAGUUCUAUCAUUGAGCUGAAGAUCGCAUUAGAAAGAUUGGAAGAAUAUCUAUUAUCGGAGGAAGUACUGACCAAUCUUUCAACGGAGGAAGUAUCAACUAAUGAAUCAAUCACUAUGGCCAACAAUGAUAAGCCAUUCAUUUCAAUAAAUAAUACUUGUUUUUUGUGGGAUGAAACUCAUAUGAGCAAGCCAAAAAUCAGCGAAACAUCUGAUGAAGAGCUGCUUGUUGGGAACUUUGAUAAUUUCUCAUACUCUAAUAUUGCCCUUAGAAAUAUCAACAUGUCAGUCAAUUCUGGGGAAAUGGUGCUUGUUGUUGGAGCGGUCGGCGCCGGGAAAUCUACCCUCUUGAAAGCAAUCAUUGGAGAAUUACCAAUUUUACGAAACCAUGAUCAUUCUCGUGCUGUCAAAGGCUCUAUAUCCUAUUGUUCACAAAUCCCUUGGAUUCAAAACACUUCUUUCCGCGAUAAUAUUCUUUUCCAUAUACCUUAUGACCCAGAACGUUACCAUUCAACCCUUUAUGCUUGUGAUCUUCUUGUGGACAUAUUGCAAUUGCCAGACGGUGACCAAACUUUAGUUGGCGAAAAAGGUAUCACCCUUCUGGGGGGCCAAAAGGCCCGGCUUGCCCUAGCCAGAGCAAUUUAUGCCGAUAGUGACAUUUACAUCCUUGAUGAUAUUCUCAGUGCGGUAGAUGUUCAAGUGGCCAAGCGCAUUAUUUAUCGGUGUUUGGGUCACCAUGGGUUAUUGGCAAACAAGAUUAGGGUAUUGGUGAGCCAUGGGUUGGGGAAUUUCCAAAAAAAUGAGAUUGAUAAAGUUAUCUAUUUACAAAAUGGGGAAAUCAUCGCGAAUGACCUGUUUGAAAAUAUGCAAGACAAGAUUAAAGAGUUUAUGGGCGGUGGUAGUCAAGAAACUGUUGAUUAUUUAACUGAAGGCCCAAUCGAUGAUGAUAAUGAUGAUGAUGAUGAUGAUGAUGACGCUGCCAGUGAUUUGACCAUAUCUCCUAUAUCGUCGUGCUCGGUUGAUUCUUUGAAUUCCUCGGAAACCUUGGUUGCUAGUGAUAAGGAUGAUGAUGAUUUGGAUAAACUCAAAAAGCCAAUUAAAUUGAGUGAAGAACAUACAAAUCGCGGUAGUGUCAAAUGGAAAACGUAUUCCGAGUAUGCGAAAUCAUGCUCGAUUCCUGGGAUCAUAAUUUUUUUGACCAUGAUAUUUGCCAGUUGUGCCUUCCAAUUGGGAAGCAAGUAUUGGCUCAAGAUUUUAUCAGAGAAAAAUGAUUUCCGGUCUAGUUUCACCCAUUCUCAUGAUUCAACUAUAAAUGAUUCCAGUGUUAAUUUCAGCUAUUUUCUUAUAAUUUAUAUGAUGCUUGGGACCAUCUCCCACAUUUUUGAUUUCCUCAAGACUUUUGUGCUUUACCAAUUCUGUUGCAUCAAUGCCUCGCGUCAUUUGCACGAUUCAAUGUUGAAUUCCAUUAUCAACUCCCCAAUGUCAUUCUUCAAUACCACUCCCGCAGGGAGAAUUUUGAACCGAUUCACCAAUGACAUCAACAAAAUUGACGACAAUUUACCCAAAACCUUCAUCAAGUUUUUCGGCGCCAUUAUUUCUGCAUUAUUUACCGUCGGGGUAAUUGUGUUCAAUUUACCGCUAUUUUUCAUUCCGUUGAUCGGAUUAAUAAUUAUUUACCGGUAUUACCAAUCGUAUUAUAUUCUGGUUUCCCGAGAUUUGAAGCGGAUCAGUUCUGCUUCACGAUCCCCGAUAUUCAAUUAUUUACAAGAAUCGUUGCUGGGAGCAGAAACCGUUCGGGCUUUCAGGAAAACCGAGAAAUUCACCGCCAUCAAUGCUGAAAAUGUCAAUUUCCACUUGAAGGCCCUAUACGUCUUCAGGGCCAUCAAUCGCUGGUUGACGUUCCGACUUCAAAUUAUUGGAGCGUUGGUGAUAUUGUUAACUUCGGUGUUGGCAUUAUUAUCUCUUGAUGCGGGUACCCCAUUGACCAGUGGGGUGGUGGGGCUAAUGAUGGGGUACGCUUUAGAAAUCACCGAUUCGUUGAAUGUCAUGGUCAAGACAUCGGUGGAUAUUGAAACUAACGUGGUUUGUGUGGAAAGAAUCUUGGAUUAUUCCAAUUUGCCUAGGGAAGGAGAGUCAAUUAGCCAAUCAUCCAACACAACUAAACUUUCAAACCAUGGUAUCAAUAGAAAAUUCUCCGAUGCUGCAGCAACCCAAUGGCCAUCGAAUGGUGCCCUUGAAUUUCGAAAUUAUACCACCAAAUAUCGUCCAGAACUUGACCUGGUGCUCAAAGAUUUAUCACUUCGUAUCGAACCGGGGGAAAAAGUGGGGAUUGUUGGACGUACCGGGGCCGGUAAGAGCAGUUUAGCCAUGGCGAUUUUCCGGCUCAUUGAGGCAUCGCAGGGACAAAUCUUCAUUGAUGGGAAAGGGAUCGAUCAAAUACAAUUAUCGAGAUUGCGAAGCAAUUUGAGUAUCAUUCCUCAAGAGUGUUUAGCAUUUCAAGGCACGAUUAGACAGAAUUUGGAUCCCAUUGGAAAACACACCGAUGAACAAUUACUUUGGGCGGUGGGAGUUGCUCACUUGGACGAUCAUUUACCAAUGAGGAUGGGGUCGAUGCACCAUAAUGUUUUUAAUGAUAAUCAUGAAAUCAUUGGUGGGAGGGAGAAUGGUUUCGAUGCCGACUCUCUUGCUUCAUCCAGCAUCAGUUGUUUUCAAGAAGGUACUUCAGUGGGUUGUCAAUCUUCCAGGUAUUCCGAUUAUCCAAAAUCACUGAUUCUCGAUAUCGAAAUCCAGGAAGCUGGACGGAAUUUCUCGGUGGGACAACGUCAAUUGCUUUGCCUUGCCCGUGCAUUAUUAAACCCAUCGAGGAUAUUGAUCCUUGACGAAGCCACUGCGGCGGUCGAUCCAUCAACUGAUAAAAUAAUUCAAGAAACCAUUAAAAGAGAAUGUCAAAAUAAAACUAUCUUGACAAUUGCCCACCGGUUGAACACCGUGUUGGAUUGUGAUCGGAUUAUUGUGUUGGACCAAGGCAAGGUUGUGGAGUUUGAUAAACCGGAAGUGUUGUUGCAGGAUACCAAGAGUGCGUUUUACAGCUUAUGCCACGAAGGGUGUAAUUUAUGA